UCACUCCUCAUCCGCGRCAGAGAGAGAGAGCGGCGGCGAUCCGCUGCGGAGGAUGCCUACCCCGCUGCGGGGAUAACCGCCAGGCGAGAUGGCCGUUACUUUCUUCCUCGUCACAUCCCGCACCGCGACGACCCCUCGGCACCCAUGAAGCCCCCGUUGAUGAAGCCAAAACCGGCCAAAGCAAGGCGGAAAGAGGCCACUGAGCGAGAGAAUGUACUGGCGCGUCGGGUUCGCCUGGACGCGCUCGUGUGUGGUUGAUCUUGGCCGGAACCAGAGCUUCUCCUUCGGUCUGGGCGGCUCCGAUGAGCAGCUCUCGUUUUAUGGGUACAUCAUCGCCUACCCUCUGCAGGACUACGGCGGGAUCAUGUCGGCCCUUGGGUCUGACUCGUGGUGGCGGAAAACGCUUUAUCUGGCCGGGGGCGCUCUGCUCGCCACCGCUGCCUAUCUAUUGCACGAGCUGCUCGCCAUCAGGAAAGAACAGGAGCUCAACUCUAAAGAUGCCAUCAUCCUUCACCAGUUCUCCAGGCCAAAGAGUGGUGUCCCUUCCCUCUCCCCCUUCUGCCUCAAGAUAGAAACCUACCUACGGAUGGUAGACCUGCCCUACCAGAACUACUUUGAUGGGAAGCUGUCUCCCCAGGGGAAGAUGCCAUGGAUAGAGUACAACCAGGAGCAGGUGUCUGGUACAGAGUUCAUCAUCGACUUCCUGGAGGAGAAGCUGGGCGUGAGCCUCAACAAGAACCUCAGUUCCCAGGAGAAGGCUGUGUCCCGGGCUGUCACUAAGAUGGUGGAGGAACACUUCUACUGGACCAUAGCGUACUGUCAGUGGGUGGACAACCUGGAGGAGACCCAGAAGAUGCUGGCGGUGAGCGGCCCGCUGAGUGACCUACUCAAGUGGAUCCUGAGUCACCUGACCGGCGGCAUCGUGAAGAGAGAGAUGUACGGCCACGGGAUUGGACGGUUCACCAAGGAGGAGGUCUACACUCUGAUGGAGAAAGACAUGCGGACGCUGGCCACCCUGCUCGGUGAUAAGAAGUACCUGAUGGGUCCUAAGCUGUCCAUGGUGGACGCCACUGUGUUCAGCCAUCUAGCCCCUGCCAUGUGGACCCUGCCGGGCACACGGCCAGAGCAGCUCAUCAAAGGCGAGCUGAUCAACCUGGCCAUGUACUGUGAGAGGAUCCGCCGGCGCUUCUGGCCCGAGUGGUUCGUUGAUCUGGAGGACUUCUGUUAUGAUGACACCACAGAGGACGAUGACUCCCUGUCCAAACUCCAGGACCUGGGGCUGUACUCCCGCACAGACACCUUCCAGGAUGAGGCCAGUCCUCCUCACACACACACACACACACACACAAUCUCCCCAGACAGUGACCUCACGGGCCACUCACUCUACGACUCGGACAUGGACACGGAGUGCUCCGAGAUGGAGCAGCUCAAGUGUUGACCGCCAUAUGACUCACACACAACACACACACACCGCCCCCAUACAGUGCCCUCUACCUGUUGAGGAGGGAAUAACUACUGGGGGGCAUUUCUGUUGCCAGUGGCUGUUGUUGCCUGUGCUAAUGAGGGAUGGUAUCAGAGCUUCUACACACAAUGUGCUAGAGGAACAAAAGACUGAAUAUCGAGAUAAAGGAAUAGCAAGAUAGAGAAAAUAAGGGUAAUAUAGCAAUAGAGAAAGAGCCCAAGAGGGAUAGAGAGAGGAAAAGAUCAACCUGAAAGAGAUAAAAGGGAAAGAGAGAGGGAUGGAGAAAAGAGUUGCGAAAGAGAGAUCAGGAGUUAAUGACGCAAUCACUGAGAAACUCCUCCACCUGGGUGACGUCAACACCUGUCGCCCAGKUUCCUGUUGUCGAGUUGCUCUUACCAUGGCAACCGUGUGUGUGUUACCUGUGUUCCCCAAUUGAGCUGCAUUGCCCCAACCAUGUGUGUUUGACAUACUGACCCCCUGACUUGCAUCCUUGCAAAAUAUGAGUCAUUAUAUUGAUAUUAUAUAUGAUAUGUGGGGAACUGUUCAGGCAAGAUGUGAAUGAGUACAGUUCGAUAUGAGUAUAAAUAGUAUAGAUAGCCUGCAAAUUAUAUAUAUUAUCCCAAUGUCAUAUAAUGUAAAUACUCUGUGUGGUUCUUCUGUACAACCUCUCAGUGCUUGUUUGAUAUGACCAAACUUCCUGGUGACCUUCAACUAACCCCUUGUGCUGGUCUAGGUUUUAGGAAUUCUAAUGCAUCUAUUUCUACCCAGAUGACUGACACUUUGCAUCUGCAGUCAGGUCUUAACCCAUCAUUGAGUAUUUCCUCAGUCCUUUGUAGAAUGGUCAUUGAUGUUGAGGGCGAGCUUCAGAUACUGUGGAUUGAGGGGACAUCUCAAUAAUCUAAAGUGGCUUCCUUUCCUCGUCUCCUCUCCUUCAUCUGCACAGAUCUGAAAACAUUGGAUUGGUGAAAGCAAUAUGGUGGAUGCUUACUGGAACUUUAUUCCACUUGUCCAAUUCUUUCACCUCAGAUGAAGAAGAGGAGGAGAGGAGGCUACUUGAGAUCUUUAGUUGUGUGUAUGUACAUUCAGCCAUUGAGAGCGGAUGAAACACCCAUGUAGAAAUAGACUAAAUAGACUAGAUAUACUUGGAGGUGCAUGGCUAAUAGGUGCCAAUGAAAAUCACACUACCCUGCUGGUUAUCUGUUAUCUACGUUUCUACGCUGGCCUGUUUUAAUGUUUAUUGUGAUGCAGUGUGUGUGUGUGUGCCUCAGGCCAGAGAAAGCGCACAAAGAUGCAAUAGAUUGAAAAUAACUGUUAGGCCUUUGCUCAGCCUCUCUGUUCUCAUCAAAUACAUGGCGUGUCUACUCCCCUUUUAGAAUGAAUUGAUUCUAGAAAUAGAAGGAAUAGAAUGGCCAUUGUUACUUAUAGCAUCAAUUCACUCUGUGCUAUGCAUGAAACAACUACUAUAAUCCACAGUGUUGAUUGCCAGUCUUAUUUAAUAGUAGGCUACAGUAUGUGGAAUAGUGAAACAGUCUACUCUAAUCUUUCUAUUUCUAGUGCAUCGCUGAUGUAUGGUGUAUGAUGGUGAGAUGUGGACAUUACAAGUGUUUGUCAUUCAGCAGACGCUUGUGGGUCCUGUGUGCGUGUGUGCGUGUGUGCGUGUAACAGAGGGUGUAGAAUUCUGUCCAUAUGGUGCAUCAAUGAGUCAUCGUACCUCAUGAGUUGAUUUUGAGGCGUAGACCAUUUAUUCAGGCUGGGUGCUUACAGCUGACCCUAUACAGAUACAGACACAGAUACAUACAGAUACAGACACAGAUACAUACACAGAUACAUACACAUAUACAUACACAGAU